CCCUGACGUCGUUCAUUGAAGAAGAAGAGGGACUGUCUCAGCACACCAUCCUCACGAGAAAUUCAAUCAUGACGGCCAAACUUUGCAAGCUUUUUGUCGGGGGACUGAACGUGGAGACCACGGAAGAUGGCCUCCGCAAGUAUUUCGAACAGUUCGGGGCGCUCAGCGACUGCGUGGUGGUGAUGAACCAGCAACUCGGCCGGUCCCGCUGCUUCGGCUUCAUCACCUACUCGACGCCGGAGGAGGCCGACGCAGCAAUGGCGGCUAAGCCACAUGUCGUCGAAGGCAACAACGUGGAACUGAAGAGGGCCAUAGCACGAGAAGACGCCAACAACCCGGACAUCCUCGCCAACGUUAAGAAAAUUUUCGUCGGAGGCGUCAAAGACCACAUCGAGGCGGACAACCUGACCGAGUACUUCUCCCAGUUCGGCGUGGUGGAGAAGGCCGAGAUCAUCUCUGACAAGCAGACCGGCAGGAAGAGAGGCUUCGGCUUUGUCUUCUUCGAGGACACCGACUCAGCCACCAAAGCGGUGCUGACCAAAUACCACACCAUCAACGGGAACAAGGUGGAGGUGAAGAAAGCUCUGACCAAGCAGGAGAUGUCCACCGGCGGCCGGGGAGGAAGAGGUCGAGGGAGAGGGAUGCAGAACUAUGGCGGCGGAAGAGGAGGCGGCGGCUACGGAGGAGGCUAUGGCGGCAAUUACGGAGGCGGCUACGGCUAUGGCGGGGGUUACAACGGUGGUGGAGGAGGCUACGGCGGCUACGGUGGGGGAUACGACGAAUACGACAACCAGAUGGGGGGAGGCUACAGUAACGGUGACUUUGGCGACGGCUAUGGACAGCAACACUCUAAUUAUGGAGCCGUGAAGGGGGGCAACUAUUCCUAUAGGAGCGGGGCUCCUUACAACAGAGGCGGCGGCGGAGGAGGAUACGGCAGGGGUGGUGGCGGCUUCAGCGGAGGCUAUUAGUGGCUCCUCCAAAUUAUCUUCAUGGGGAAAUUUCUGAUUGAAACGAACUUGAAUUCACACACACUCACACACAUUACACAAGCCCAGGUGCGGGGUCUUUUGUUGAGUUAAAGGGAGCAGUGCCCAUCACCCACACGGAAUGAAUGAGACUGUCCCCUGGAUCCCAGCUGCCCCCACCCGGAACCCAUCUGUCCUCUUAUUCCACACAUUAUGGACUUUACUACUAGGAGUUGUGAAUUAUUGAACUGUAUUUUGUUAUGUUGGGGGAAAGACUUGUUUUGAACCAUUUGUAAAGCCGUAAACCAUGUCAGUCACUGCUUCUCAACUCAGAAUUGAGUUUGUCUGUCUUGCAAACCAGUCAGAUGUGUCUGUUAUUUUUGCAUCAUGAACUCAGGGUUUUAAGUGAAGUUGGUGGCAGUGUCGGGCAGCAUGGGACUCGAUUGCUUGAGUUUCUUGAUCUUAAAAAAAAGAAAAACAAUUUCGUGACAAAGUAUUUUUUAGAGAAAUGUCACGAACUGUUUUGGUAACUGUAAAUUACUUUUUCCCACUUUCCCGUCCCAUUGCAUUUUUUUAUUUUUUAUUUUUUUUGGUUAGAUUAAAACAGUUUGAAAUUCAUGUGUUCAGUUCACCCCUAUGUUUUAUUCUGCUUUUAUUAAAGUUUUUAAUGUUUUGAAAAUCUA